AUGUCUGCCUCACCGUCCCAAAAUAUCAACCCGGCGAAGCGUCCGCUCGAGGACGCCUCCUCGCCUUCCAGAGCCAACGACCAGCCGGACGCCAAGCGACCAGCUCUCGACAAGGUCAUCAAGAACGGCCACGAUGAAGAAGAAAUCAAGUCACCUGAGAGCAAUGGCGUCGCGGCUCCUGAACCCGUCCCAGAGGCCAACGGCACUACCAAGACAGAGGAUACGGACGGAGAGAAGACGGAAGCCAAAGACGAACAGGGUGACACUAUCGUCCCCGACGCCAGCGAGACGAAGACCCUCGGCGCUAAUGUCGCCGGAACUAUCCCAGCUGCUACUCCGGGCGGAAGCACUCAUGACGAGACUGCGUGGAUCCACAUCCGCGCCGUGAUUUCCAGCCCUGAGGCGGCUACCAUCAUCGGCAAGGGGGGUGAGAAUGUGUCCAACAUCCGCAAGCAGUCCAAUGCCAAGUGCACCGUCAGUGACUACCAGAAGGGUGCAGUGGAGCGAAUCCUCACAGUCAGUGGCGGCGUCGAUGCCGUGGCCAAGGCCUUUGGCUUGAUUAUCCGGACUCUGAACAAUGAGCCCUUAACCGAGACUUCGAACGCACAGUCUAAGACUUAUCCGCUGCGUCUGCUGAUUCCUCAUGUGCUCAUCGGAUCCAUCAUCGGUAAAGGGGGAGUGCGCAUUCGAGAAAUUCAAGAGGCCUCCGGCGCUCGCCUCAACGCCUCAGAUUCCUGCCUCCCGCUGUCCUCUGAGCGCUCUCUCGUUGUCAUGGGUGUGGCCGAUGCUGUCCAUAUUGCAACUUACUAUGUUGGUAGCACAUUACUAGAGCAGCUCAAUGAGCGGUUCGGGGGCCCGGCCGCAUCUGCCUACGCGACUCGAAGUGGCGGUCCGGCAGGUGUAAUUCCCGGAGGCAUGCAGGUUGUUCCUUAUUCGCCUCAGCCUGCAGGAGGCAACUUUGGUCAGCGCGAGAACUACGGCAGGCGCCCCGAUCCCAGAUCGCACCAAAUGCCUCCCAACCCGUAUGCCCAGCAGUACCCCCCUCAAGGUGCUAUACCUCAAGCCCCAGCGAGUGCCCCGAUGCACUACGCCCCUCAAGCCGCUGCUGCCUACGGCGCCGGUCCACAUAUGCCACCCCAUCAGGCCGGUCACGCUGCCGGUCCCCAGCCGCCGCAUGGAGGCCCUCCCGCUCAGCCGAUGCAUGGUGCCAUGCCAGGUCAACCACUGACUCAACAGAUCUACAUUCCCAAUGACAUGGUCGGGGCCAUCAUUGGCAAGGGUGGACAAAAGAUAAACGAGAUUCGGCAGAUCAGUGGCAGCGUCAUCAAGAUCAACGAGCCACAGGACAACAGCAACGAGCGGCUUGUCACAAUCACGGGUACAGAGGAGUGCAACAGAAUGGCACUUUACAUGCUGUAUUCCCGACUAGAGAGCGAAAAACACCGAAUCUAA